AUGGAAGAAGGAAGGAAUGACAGCCGAAAUAGCCUUGUUUUAGUUUCCUUAAAACGAGGAUUAAAUAAAAGUAAUAUAAAUUUUAUUGAAGAUGGUGAGAAAUAUAAUGCGGAGAUAUUAAAAAGUCAUCUUCGAGAUUUAAAAAAGUUGAAAGAAAAAGUUAUAAAAAAACGAAAUGAAUCAAAAAAUAUAAUAAAAAGAGAUCUUGAUGAUUUUCUUUUUGAUCAUGUCGAAACAAAUUGUAAUUUUGAUAAUUUUUAUGAUAAUUGUUUAGAAAUUAUCCAAAGAUAUUUAUAUACUUAUAAAGAUUUAAAUGAUAUUAUGAUAAAUGAUCAGAAAAAAUAUAUGCAAUAUGAAAAGUGUAAUAUUAAAGAAUCUGUUGAUAAUAAUGAUUAUAAUAAUUAUGGUAAUAAUAAUAAUAUACAAUCUGAGUCUUGUUAUAAUGAUAAUAAACAAUUAUACAAUAUGAUAGAUAAUAAUUUAUUUAUACACAAUAACAAAUUUAUUUUUGAUUAUGAUGAUGAUAGUGAAAUUUAUACUUCAAGUGAAGAGGAAAUUAUUAUCGAUAAAAAAAUUAGAAAUAAUUUUAUUAAAAAUAAAAAUAAUGAAGAUAAAUUAAAUAAUAUAAAUAAUAAUUUAUCAAAUAAUAGUAAUAAUUCUUGUAAUAUUAAAUUAAAACCAAAAAAAGGCAAAGAUAAUAAUAUAUAUAAACAAAAAAAAAUAGAUCUAUUAAAUAGAUAUCCUAUAUAUUUAAGAGAAUUAAUUAAAAUUAUCAAAACAUCAAAGAAAAGAGAAAAAAGAAUUUUGCAAAUUAAUUUUUUUAAAAAAAAUAUGGAACUUGCAGAUAAAUAUAAUUUAAAUAAACUUUUUCAUAAAUUAUAUUUAUCUCACUCUUAUGAGAAUAAUAAAAAAUAUGUUGAAAAGAAAAAAAGGAGAAUAUUAUAUAGAAUGGUUAGAUAUAACUUGUUAGAUUAUAUUUACAAUAAUCAUGAUAUACUUCUAGAAAAAUUAUUAAUAAAAAAUAGAAACAAACUUGACACUUCUAAUAAAAAUGAUCAACAUAAUAAUGUAAUUUUAGAAAAUGUAAAAAAAUUAUUUCAGUCUCAUGAAUGUAACAGUAAAUCUAUGAAAGGUUGUAAAAAAUGUAAGGAAAAUGUCAAAUUACUUUUUUAUAUUCUUAUACAAGAAAAUUUAAAUUAUUCUCCCCUUGGUGAAAUGGAAAAGUGUAAUAAGAAUAAUUCCCCAAAUUUAUUAACCCAUAUUCUUAUGAAAAAUAGGAGGGAGGAUUCAGAAAUAAAAAAAAAAAAAAAAAAUAUAAAUGAAUAUACAAAUACAACAAUAAAACCAAUUGAUGUUGAAUAUGAAAUAUCAUAUCAUGAAAAUAUGAGUAUAUAUAUGUUAUCAAAAAAUAAUAUUUUUUGUCAUAUAUUACAUGAAAAUUAUAUAAAAGAAAAUUUUAAUGAUUUAUUAAUAAGAAUUAAAAAUGGAAGUAUAGGUUAUAAUUUGUUACAUCUUAUAUUUAAUAAAUAUAAAAGUGCAAAUUUUUUAAAUUAUAAGAAAUUAAAACGUACAGUAGAAAAUAAUUUAAAAGGGCACAUUAACAAUAACAACAAUAAUAAUACUAAUAAUAUGAAUCCUUCACAUCCUUCUCUUCAUAUGAGUAACAAUUUCUUUGACAUAUUAAAAAGCAAUAUAACAAAUGAUGAAAAUUAUUCUUCUGUCUUUUUUGAUAAAUUAUUUCAUAAUUUUUAUGAUGUAUUAUAUACAGAUAAGAAUAAUUACGUAAGAGAAAAUAAGUCACAAACUAAAAAAGAUAUUGAAAUUGUAAAUCUAGGAGAAGAAGAAACAGAUAUGGAAGAUUUAUAUCAUGUGGAUGAACAGAAUAAUUUAAAGCAUAUAACAUACAAUAGAAAUAUAACAGAAAGACAAAGUGUUACAAUAAAUAAUAUGAGAAAUUCAAUAAAUAAUAUGAGAAAUUCAAUAAAUAAUACAAGAAAUUCAAUAAGUAAUAUGAGAAAUUCCAUAAAUAUAAGAAAUAUGAAUUCUUUAUCAUUAAACGAAAUUUAUAAAAAUUAUAUAAAUAUUAAAAAAAUAACCAAUAUUGAUGAACAAUUUAUUGAUGAUACUUGGGAUAAUUCAAAUAAAACUGCAUCCAAAUAUCAUUUUAUUAAUAAAGAAAAUAUACAUAUGAAUGAUAAACAAUUUGAAAAAAUAAAUUAUAAUUCAUUCGAUACAUAUUUAAAUAAAAUUAAUAAUCAAGUAGCUGUUGUUGUCGAUAGUGAUGAUUCUGAUGAAGAUGUAAAAUGUAAUUAUGGAAAAGCUAAAAAUUUAUUAAAUUUCUUAAAAGGAAAAUCGUAUAAAACUUUAACAGAUCUUCAUAGAAAUAAUAUUAUAGAAACCUAUAAAAUUAAUCAUAUAAAAAAAAAUUUCAUUGUACACCCUUUAAUUAAUUCAAAAUAUAUAGGAUUCAAAAUUAACUGUAAUGAUAUAUCAAAUCGAAAUAUAGAUAUAUUCUGUAUUAAUAAUAAUGAAUAUGUAAAUGCAUAUAAAAAUACUAUAGAAUAUUUGAAAAAUAAUUUAAGUACAGAUAUAAAAAAAAAUUAUAAUGAUUAUAAAAAUAUGAAAAAUCAAAUAUCAUCUCGAAGAAAAAGAUCUAUAAAUGAUAUGGAAUUUAAUAACUUUUACAAUAAUAAUAAUAAUAAUAAUACGAAUAGUAAAAAUUAUAUAAAUAAUAAAAACAAAUAUAAUAUUAAUGAAUAUAUUGUUAUUAUUGAUGAAAAUGUAGAGGAAGAAAAAUAUAAAAUUGAUAUUUAUAAUUAUUCAGAAUUAUCAGCUUAUAUAGUUAAUUCAAAGGAAGAAAAGAAAAAAGAAUAUUAUUCUAAUUUUAUAAGGAAUGAAAUUUAUUCACAUAAGUGGAUUAAUAGACUUCAAUUUAAAUUACAAAAUUAUUGUAAUUUAUAUAAAAAUAGCUUUUUCAAAAAAAACCAUAUGAAAUUAAUAAAAGAUUAUUUAUAUGGAAUCAUUAUUAAUUCAUAUUAUGAAAAUAUUUAUGAUGUAUCUUUAAACUUGCUAUUAAGUAAUCAUUAUAAUCAUUUUGAUUUAUCAAAACAACACGUUUUGAAAAAUAUUAGUUAUAAUAUAAAUCAAAUAUAUGAACAACUCAUUAAAAAUGUUAGAAGUGAUAUAUUAAAUAAUCAAUAUAUAAAAAAUGAAUAUUAUAAUAUAACCGAACAAAAUUUACAAAUAAAAGUAAACGAAUAUUUAUUAAAUUAUAGAUGGAAUAGUGAAAAUAGUAAAUUUUUUGAUACACUUAUAGAUAAAUAUAGACACAUAUUAUUAUAUUAUAUUUUAUAUACAUAUCCUAAAUUCUUAUAUAUUUUUAAUAUAAUAAAAAUAAAGCAUUUUAGAGAAGAAAUCAAAUUAGCAUUACCCGAACAAGAAGACGAACAUGUAAAAGAAGCUCAAAAAGAUUAUACAUCUCAAAGAAAAAUGUUAAGGAGUGCAAAAAAUAACCAGUUAGAAAUAAAUAAUGAAGAGGCAAAACCAUUUGAAGUUGAUUUUUAUUUACCUUUCUAUGUAAAAAAUAGAAAAGAUAAUAAUAUAUUGAAUUCAUUUUCAUUACAAAGUUUAUUAUUAGUUGGUUUUUAUGAAUCCUUUGAAACGUCAUUGUUUUCAAGUAUAUUAUAUGAACAAACUAAUAUUGAAACUGUCAAAAAUGAUAUUCAUCCUUUAUGUUAUAAAAUGAUUUUAUAUUUUCAGAAAAAUACAUCAUUUUUAAUUAAAAAGAAAUUAGCAUUAAAGCAAUUAUCAAUUCUAUUUUGUAUUUUAAAUUCUUAUCUAUCCUUUGCAACAUUGCAACAUGCCUCUUUUUACACUCAAAAAAACUUAUCCAGAUUUUUAAUAUUUAAAAAUAGCCAAAGAGAAAUUAAUAGACUAAAUGAAUUAUACUCAAAUGGAAAUUAUUAUUUUCCCACAAACUUUCUUCAUAAAUUUUUAGACACAUUUUUACUUAAAAAGGAUAAUGCUUAUAUAAUGACAGAACAGUAUAAAUGUAAACUGAUGGUGUAUAUCUUAUUGAUACAAUUGUGCUUAACAGAUAACGCCUUACCCUUAAAUUUGUCAUUAAUAAACAGGAAUACAGGACUUAUAUUACGUAAAUUACAUUUUUCAAUAAAUGACAAAAAUAUAAUUACUUUUAAUUUGAAUGAAUAA